GACCUUGAAGUACUACAGCCAGUGAGUUGAGUCACAACUCAAUCAUUUCUAAUCUCCUCGGAAAACACAUUUUCCUUCGUGAGAAUUGACGUAUCGUCGUGAGAAAGUGAAAGUUGACAAAAAUGCGUUUUUAUUUGUAGAAAUUCCACAGUCCAGCCGUUGUUACCAAAUAGUAAUUUCCUGGAAAGCCAGCAGAGGGCAAUGUGGGCAUCGUGUUCAUUUCCCCCCUCGGCUUGCACUGUUUAUGUGCGGGUGGGCUCUCAACCUCGGAACUAUUUGACGCACAUUUAUCUGCCUUCCAGCAGUUUUCCUGCUCGUUUACGAGUUCCAUACGUGCGUUAAAGACGUCGGUGGAGGAAACUAAGAUUCUUUCAAUCUUGGCGAUAUCUUUACGGCUGCUAUUCGUCGCAAUGAAAGUCAAAGUUCAAGUUGACCUCCGUUUUUUGCUUGGAAGUGAGCUGCUGGGAGAUCAUUUUCAGUUCUGCACUGGGAAGCGGCAUAGAAGCUAAACUGACUCGGACCACGUACGCUAUGGAGUUCCACUAAAUGACUAGUUUCACUGUAAACGUCAUUUUAAAAAAAUUGUCUGUUUUUAAGUUGACGACCCACUUGUUGCUUGCCUCGAUGUGAGUGAGAGGAGACAAAAACCUGAUGCACUUUUGCCUUAAUGCAUUCCUUUCUGCUGGAGGAUUUUUUUUCUUUGUUCGAACUGUUACUCCAUUACGCCAAAAAGCAGACCACGAAGAUGUCAGCACAAGAAGCUCGGUCUCAAGUAGUGAUCACUUCUGUCUGUUUACUUUCUCUGUUCCUUGGCGGCACAACUGCUGAUGUGCCGGGGCAGGAGAGCUUUAACACAGAGGCGUGGCUUCGUCAGUUCGGCUACCUGUCUCAAGCAAGCAGACAGAUGUCCACUAUGCAGUCAGCUCAGAUCCUGUCCCAAGCCAUCAGUGAUAUGCAACGUUUCUAUGGCUUGGAAGUGACUGGAAAGGCAGACGCCGCCACUAUAGCGGCCAUGCGUAAACCCCGUUGCGGCCUCCCUGACAAAAUAGCCACAGAUGACAGUGCGAGGAGGAAACGCUAUGCACUCACAGCACAACGGUGGGACAAAGACGACAUCACCUACAGUAUAUUGGACCAGCAAAUCCCAUCCUCCUUGGGAGCGGAGAGGACAUACGACGCCAUCCGCAGAGCCUUUGAUGUGUGGCAAAGUGCCACGGCGCUCACCUUCCGAGAGCUGCCAGCCAAACACGGCAACAGCAGCCAGGCUCAGCUUGCUGACAUCCUAUUGUUGUUCGCCUCUGGUUUUCAUGGUGACAUGUCCUUGUUUGACGGCGAGGGGGGCUCACUGGCCCAUGCCUACUACCCUGGGCCUGCGAUGGGUGGGGAUACACAUUUUGAUGCAGAUGAGCCUUGGACUUUGGACAGUCCAAACCACCAAGGUAUUGACCUCUUCCUGGUUGCGGUGCACGAGCUCGGUCACGCUUUGGGCCUGGAGCACUCUGAAAAUCCUAAUGCCAUUAUGGCUCCUUUCUACCAGUGGAUUCACACACAGAACUUCACACUGCAUGAAGAUGACAUCAAGGGAAUACAGCACAUUUAUGGACCCCCUCAUAUUACUGAGACUCCUCACACCUCUGGUGAGGAUCCGGAACAAGCAUUACCAACCUCCCCUUCUCCCCCUGAAGAGAAACCCACCCUUUCCCCAGUUGAAUCUGAACCUAACACCCCGAGUCCCAGCCCGAGCAGGCCCGAACCUACGCCCGGUCCAACAACCCGUCCUGCAAUCCCCACCACGUCCCAUCCCGAUGUCACGCCACCUAUCAGAAGGGAUGUGCCUCUUCCUCCCUCUACUCGCCGGCCCCCCAAGCAGCCAGAUAACGUGGCCCCUGACAUCUGUGAUGGGGACUUUGAUACUGUGACACUACUAAGGGGGGAGAUGUUUGUGUUCAAGGGUCGCUGGUUCUGGAGAGUGAGAAGGAACCGGGUCCUGGAUAACUAUCCCAUGCCGAUAUCUGUAUUUUGGGUUGGUCUUCCUAGCAACAUUGAUGCAGCCUAUGAACGUCAUGAUGGGAAAUUUGUCUUUUUUAAAGAUGAUCAAUACUGGGUGUUUAGAGAAGCGGAUGUACUACCAGGAUACCCUCAGCCCAUUCGGGAAUAUGGUCAGGGAGUUCCACCUCAUGGCAUCGACACAGCAGUCUGGUGGGAGCCCAAUGGAUACACCUACUUUUUCUCUGAUGACCGGUACUGGAGAUUCAACGAGGAAACCCGUAAAGCUGACCGAGACUUCCCAAAACCAAUCAGCAGAUGGGGAAAUAUCCCUCACUCGCCCAAGGGAGCUUUCCUCAGUGAUGAUGGCGCAUACACCUAUUUUUACAAGGGCACCAAUUACUGGCGCUUUGAUAACCACAAGACAGUAGCAGACAAAGGCUACCCACGCUCCAUCCUCAAGGAUUUCAUGGGCUGCGUGGGCGUCCCGGUGCCUCGGCCAGACCCGGAUGUCAAGCCAGAACCUGGGGACAAACCCACUAAGCCUUCAGAAAGAGGAAAGGACGAGCGCGAAGAAGUGAAAGACAGGGAUGAAGACACGGCAACAGAAAAGGACAGCGACGGCCCAGAGGUGGAGGAGGAUGACAAAGAAGUCAAUGUGGUGGUGACUGUGGCAGACAACGGGUCCAAGGUCAUGACGUUGAUCAUGGUGGUAAUUCCUUUGGUGCUCAUCCUGUGUAUCCUGGUCCUCAUCUACGCUAUCCUUAGAACUCUCCAGAACAAAGAGACCCCCAGGGCUCUGGUGCACUGCAAGCGCUCACUGCAGGACUGGGUGUGAGUGUUACACACACUAAGACAGAUAAACUUUAAUUUUUUUUCUGCAGUGCUUGGUGGGAAGAUUGUUUCAUGGUGGCUAUUUAGCCCCACAUAAUAAUCAGCAACCUGUGAAGUGGUUACUAUAGUGCCUGUGGAGUUUGUUCACUAUUUACAUCCUUUUCCUUGUGCCUUUGUCCUGUUCAUUAUAUCACUUUUCUCAAAAGCUGUAGACUGUGAAAGACACAUGGCACAACAGGAAUGGUGUGCUCUUUUAUUUUUUUGUAGCCAUACUGUACAUGAGAGUGGGUUAGUGAGUCAGCAGUCACGCAACUAGAUGCCAGACAGUUGGAGUUUCUCUACUCAGUUGUUGUUGUUUAGCUGCUUCAUUGCAGAAUUUUCUGUCUGCGUGCGUGCAAAAGCACUCUGAAGCGCACACGCUCACAGGGGUCGUCCUCCAAGCAUCGCAAGAAUGUGAGACAACACAUGCCCAAACAUCACAUGAUCGCAAAUGCCCCUGAUGACACGCAUAGAGACCACUUACCUAAACACAGGCACAUAAAACACUGCAAUUUUUCCCCCUCCUCCCACCAAGAUGACUUACGCAGGCUCCACCACUAAAUGGAGUCGUAUUGCUGUACAGUAUGGACAGUGCCAAGGCAGUGAAGAGAUUCGCUUUGUGGUAUUUAACCAAUGACGCCUUUGCUCUAAUUUCAAACGGAAUCUGUUUGUUAUACUAAAGUGAGAUAAGCGUCCAUGACAAUAAGGUGUCAAACGCAUGACGACUAAAGAGCAGGCGGGAGUCUGGUUUCCAUCAGUCCCACAUGCUACAGAUUAGUAGUGAAGAAGGGAGAGAGAAAUGUAAAAGAAGAAAAUGAAAGCGUUGAGAAGGAAAUGAGAUAUUGAGAUGAGGGUGAAGGGAAGGGUCUGCCAGACCUUUUUUUCCUUGGAAAAGGAGGAGUAAGGGAAGAAAGAGGGAAAAAAAGGGAGGAGCAGCGCUGGCGUUGUGCCUCUUGACCUACAUGACUCAAAUCCCACUCCUCUUUUUUUCACUCUGUUGCCUUGAGCAGGAGAUGACUUCCUCUCUCAACUCCUCCUCCUCUCUUCUUCUGUCCACCUUUCUUCAAAUUUUAUCUCGUUUUCUUUUUUUUUUUACCGUGUUUUCUUCAGAGUUGCAUUCUUCCGCAAUAGGAACCUCAAUAAUUUCACAAGAUUGAUACCCAUUUUGCACUCUUUGAAGAUACUGUUUUUCCUUAUGUGAAAGGCAAAAAUCACAUGCUCCAGUCAAUUGUAUUUACUUUCGGUGGAUUCUUGUCUUAAGAUUCAACUUUGUUUGUAGUUUUGUUCACUUGCACAGUCAUAUAUAUAUAACAAAAGCGUUCAUGCAUGCAGAGCAUGUUGUGUAUGAGGGUUAAGGAAUUGUCAAUAAAAUUCACUGGUAAAACCUAAA